CUUUCAUAUUUUCUCCUCUACCAUAGCUUUCUUUGUCCUGAGGCUGCACAAUAUACAACCAUGCCUGUCCUUUUACCAUAUUUUCUUCCGCCCGCUCUUUUCACGGGUUUGCUCGUUUUCCUGCUCAUACUCAAUUCUGAAGCCAAAACCACGAACAACACUCGUCCGGCCAGUCAGCUUUCCAUUGAUUACUACUCAAAAUCCUGCCCUCAAAUUGAGCAACUCAUAGGCUGGAUCAUCUCUCAACAAUUCAAAGAAGCACCUGUCUCUGCUCCAGCAACCAUCCGCCUCUUCUUCCACGAUUGCUUUGUAGAAGGCUGUGAUGGGUCUAUACUCAUAUCCACGAAGCCUGGAAGCAAUGUGUUGGCUGAGAAGGAUGCAGAGGACAACAAGGACCUAAGGAUGGAGGCCUUUGAAACUAUAAAAAAAGCCAAGUCCUUGGUGGAGAGCAAGUGCCCUGGAAUUGUAUCCUGUGCAGAUAUUCUUGCAAUUGCAGCCAGAGAUUUUGUCCACUUGGCAGGAGGGCCUUACUACCAAGUGAAAAAGGGUAGGUGGGAUGGGAAGGUAUCAAUGGCGUCUAGGGUUCCCUCCAAUCUUCCUCACGCAAAUUCAACCGUCGACCAGCUAAUCAAUCUCUUCAGCUCCAAAGGGCUAGCCCUUGAUGACCUGGUAGCGCUCUCCGGCGCACACACGAUCGGGUUCGCCCACUGCAAACACUUCCUGAACCGGCUCUACGAUUACCGGAGCACCAAGAAGCCGGACCCGACCAUCGACCCCAGAUUCCUUAAGGCUCUGAGAAUGUCGUGCCCACAUUAUGGCGGCAAUGCCGACAUCGUUGCUCCAUUUGAUGUCACCACUCCAUUCUUGUUCGAUCAUGCCUAUUUUGCGAACCUGGGGGCUAAUCUGGGAUUGCUGGCCUCAGAUCAAGCUCUGUUUUUGGACCCCCGAACAAAGCCCCUGGUCCAAGCUCUGGGCAAGGACAAGCAGAGGUUCUUCCAGGCAUUUUCGGUGGCUAUGGAUAAGAUGGGGUCGAUGGGGGUCAAGACGGGAAGCAGCCUCGGAGAGAAGCGGAAUGACUGUGGUGUACACGCUUGAAUUCUUCCGAAUCUCUCUCACAAAUUUUUUUUUUCAAAGAGAAAAAAUUCAAGAAAUUAAGUAGAGUAUU